GGCAAUCUACCAUCUGUUCUUCUGUCAAAUAUAAAGUCCGACACGGGGCGGCUGCAGAGGGUGUUUAAGCCACGGCCCCCCUAAGAAUUACCUUCAAGAAUCAUUUGAAUUAAACGGGUCACGAACCGAGUUCAACAUGAACGGGCAUCUUAUGCUUUACUCUGGGGUUACCCUGGCCUUCUGGGCCACACUUAUCGUCGUUGGUACCUGUUAUACAAUAUUUGAUCUGGGUUUCCGAUUUGAUGUGGCCUGGUUCCUCACUGAAACGUCCCCAUAUAUGUGGGCAAAUCUUGGCAUUGGAUUAGCAAUUUCUCUAUCAGUCGUAGGAGCUGCAUGGGGUAUUUAUAUUACAGGUUCCAGUAUUUUAGGAGGUGGUGUAAAAGCUCCCCGCAUUAAAACCAAAAACUUAGUCAGUAUCAUUUUCUGUGAAGCUGUGGCAAUUUAUGGCAUCAUUAUGGCUAUAGUAAUUAGCAACAUGGCAGAGCAAUUUAAAGGUACAACACCAGAAGCUAUUGGAAAUCGCAACUAUCAUGCAGGUUUUUCCAUGUUUGGGGCAGGCCUCACUGUAGGAUUUUCUAACCUCUUCUGUGGAAUUUGUGUGGGCAUUGUUGGCAGUGGGGCUGCACUUGCUGAUGCCCAAAACCCCAGUUUGUUUGUCAAGAUCCUGAUUGUAGAAAUCUUUGGCAGUGCUAUCGGAUUGUUUGGUGUGAUUGUUGCUAUUUUGCAGACAUCUAAAGUAAAAAUGGGAGACUGAAGUACAACAAGGAGUAUUAACGUGAAGCUUGCAGUGUGCAGGCUGUUGGUUCCUCCUCGGAGAUCAGAAAGAAACAGACUACUAUUUAUUCCAUGUGUUCCAUUCUGACUUGGUCAAAAAACUGCCCUUAUUUUUUUAUUUUACCCCCUCUGAAAUGUGCUGUAAAGAUGGUGUAUAUAGUUUUAUUCAUCAGCUGUUGCCUUGUUUAGGAUUGUGCGAGAUUUGUGAAGAUCUGUUGGAAAGAAGUUCCUUUUUAAUCAACAGCGUAUUUUCAUUCCUUUGGAUGUUGCAAUAUUGUCACAUUUAUUCUUUUUUUUUCUUGUAUGCCAUGAAAAUCGGUACUGGCACAGUUUUUCCCAUAUGUUUACAUACUGUACACUGUAGUUCAGGUAUAUGGGAAUUAAUCACUGCAGAUCCCUUAUUAACGUGUCCAUAAAUAAAAUGCUUUAUUCACUGCAAAGCAAAACAGUGAGAAUAUUCCUGUUGCUAUGAAACUAGGGUGCUGCCUGUUUCAUUCGACUAUCAAUCAAACCAAAUUCCUUUCUUGCAUGAAAGUGAUACCAUACUCUAUUGUUUUCCUGUAAUGUUUAAAUGGCAUUAAAAUAUCAUGAUUUAUGUAUAUUGCAUUCUUCCUCUAUUGGUGCUGCUGUAUUUUGUUGUUCCAGAGACAGUCUUCCUAAUAUGUCAGCAUUUAAUGGUUUUCAGAUUCCAUAAGAUGUUAAUGCUUGGCUGGAGUAUAUGCAUAUGGCAGCUCCAACAUAUACAUAUAUAUACCUACAGAAGAGAAAUGUUCUAUAUUCUGUGCAAGACGAGUGCUCCUUGUAGACUAGCAUUUAGAGGUAGGUGCAUCUGUGAACACUCCAGUGUUAACAGUCUUAUUUUUUGAAGAGGUCAUAAUUUUUUUUAUAAUUCUACUAAACAGAGUUCUAUCUAUAGUUGUGUUCAAUCAGAGUUUAUGAAUUCCCAGAGUUCAGAUAUAUGACUAUGAAGCCCUUCCCACACGCUUUGAUUCUUCUGGUACGAUUUGUAAGCAAUUUCAAUUUUUGAAAUUUGAAAAUGAAAAAUCCCAGUUGGCAAAUCAGAGUAUACUUAUUGAUGGUUAAUACAGUAUUCUCCUUUAAUGCUGCAGGUCAGAGAAGUCUUAUGAAUGCCAGCAUCUCUGCAUUUGUAGUUGAGUUGAACCACCCCCCAAACAGUGAAUAUUCCAAUAUAGUUCCUGUGGUUGUGUAGAUUAUGGAAGUAAGAAUAUUCUGGUUUAACUGCAUUACAGAUUCACAAAUGUCCCUUGAUGGUAACUAAAUGUAAUAUUAUCUUUUAUAACUAUAAAGUAAUAAAAGGUACAUGUUGUAAAUGUA